CCAUGGAAAUACGUUCAACAUCCGCGUCUACUACGGUAGCGUUGAUAUUUGAACACGUUCGAGAUCUGAGCAACAGGCUCGAGGGAACAGACGCUGGCCCAACACUGUUCGAGAUAUCAAGAACCAUCGAGGCCCUGAUCCUUCUCGACGCUGAGAAACAUAUCAGCUGUGCUGUCAACGGAGAGCAGGGCCAGGCUGAGGCCAGUACUAGGCCGAGUUCCUUUUCGGGAGCGGCUCCAAUUACCAGCAUCCUUGCGAAGGCAAAGAUGAACAUUAAUCUUUGCACUGUUUGCGCCAAUAGCGCCGCAGAUACCGGAGAAUGGAAUCCAGACCUGGAGGCCCAACUUGCCGAUUAUUGGCGAAGGUUCAUCGUUAACUUGGCCCAGCUAGCCUUCAGCCUCAAAAUUCUCCCGGAACAAGUAUCUUCUGCCCUUUGCGCUCUUCCCGGAAAGUUUGAGCCUGAGCCAUUGUCGCGUAUCAGUCUACUGUCGAAACACAAGAGAUUUUCGAGAAGCACUACAUCUUCAUCAAGCGACAGCUUAGCCUCCUCGCAAAAGUCUCUCGGCGUCUUUGAGAAAGCGAACUUUGACGUCUUUACAACAAAAACGUUGGUUAAAUCCAAGAAGAUCUCGCCCAAGACGAUGCCCGUCCUUGUAAACCAGCAUUCGGGCCCACCAAAAUUACAAACUAGCGGAGCGAAUACAUCAGAACCCCUUGCUUCAAACGCUGCUCAACACCUUCAUACCUCCCAGGAAUAUAAGAGACGGAGAAAGACGCUCACUAAAUCAACAGAGGUAUCGAAUGCUACAGUAGACUCGGUCCCUUCACAUAUCUCGACCGGUGAGGGCACCUCCGCGAGCACGGGAACUGCAAAUCUGCAGCUUCCCACAUACAGCAGCAUAUUUGGCCGAGAUGAGAAAUCGGAUAAGGAUUCGUUAAGCAAAGAAGAUGACUCAAUUCCGGAGUGGGUUCUCCGAGACUACGAGAAAGAUCCUCCUCCGUCUUGGAUGCCCGAAGUAUCUCUGAGGCCGAUGCGGUCCACUCCCAUCUUCGCUAAGAGCCUAGAAAUUUCGAAUAGUCCGCCCCAUCCUCAACCAUCAGUGGAUAACCUUCGCCAUCAAUUCAGUGACUCGGCGAAUUACUAUCAUAUCGAAAACUCCAAUGUAGUUAUCGCUCCACAAUUGCCCUUGCAAGCUUUGACGCCUAGACCAUACUUAGCAACUCCGCCUCCGGAGAACUGGCGUUCGAUUGCGCCAUAUUCAAAUACUCGUGGAUUAGUCUUGGAUGCCCUACGCUCAGAACAUCUUAAAGAUAUAUUCAUGCCCGACAAGGCUUGUGUGCAUGCCAUUGUGCACCAAGGCCGACACGACUGGUGCCCUUGCUGCUUUCAUACUGGAGUCUGUCGACCACCAUUCCCGAUGUAAUAGAUCUUAAACGUUCAGAUAAAGAAAUGUUGAGGGACACCCUACACUUUACCUCAUCUUGUGGCAGUAGUCGGAGCUGAAGAUGGUAUUCCGCUGGCUACUCAUCAUAUUCAGUACAUAGCGUCGAGAAUUUAUUAGACACUCAUAUGAAGCUUGAAUAAGGACUAGGGGAAAGAUUCUUUAAUUUUUGCUAAAAAC